GAGGCAUUGCAAAUAUGGCUGCCGUUGAAAUCAAUUUGAGUCGAGUUUGUUUCUUAUCCUAAACACAAAAGGAGAUAUUUUGAAGAACGUUGGUAACCAUAGUUGAUGGUAGCCAUUGACAUAGUACUUAUUCUAAACUUUCAGUGACUGUUUGCCUUAUUUACAAAAAUUCAUUCACCACCAGCAGAUGUAAUCAGCUCCAGAAGUAAAGCUUCUGAAAAGAGGCAUUUAAGAUCGCUUGCUCCCCAUCACCCGUCAAGCCCCACUGAUUACUGUGGUUACGAGAACUAUUGGUUGCCAUCUGUGCUGAACUAGUGGUUCUGUGCAAUGAAAAGAGCCACUUGCUGUUUACCCUCAACCCUCAUUCAAACUUCAUCAAGAAACAUUCCUUCUCCGAAUCACCACAUGGUUCAAUGUCUUCAUUCUUUCAGGCGUUUCAACACCCAAUAGUAAUUUGGCAAAAUAUAUCGCUCUCUCACUCUCUUGGUGGUUUUGUCGUUUCACUCACUCAGUGGUGGACAGAAGGCAGCUGUCAGCAUCAAUUCUUCUCUAGGGCAGUGUACAGACCACAGCACUUUUCCACUGAUUCAGCAUUGAUGGUUUAAUGAAAGGAUGUUUUUUGUUUACUUCUCUUCUCUGUGCUUGUGUGUAUUACUGCGUAGGCCAUGAUAAGGCUUUCUUGGGAUCUCUACACUUUUUCACACGUUCUGCUGUGACUGUGGCGAGAAAUCUGUGCAAAUAUGAUCAAAUGUGUUAAACGGAGUGGAGCUAAAACAUUAAUGAUAACUGAAUGCAUUACCGAAUCUGUGUCAUACAAAUAGCACUGCAUGGGAAACUCAUCUCACAAUUGUUUCCAUUAGCGCUUGCAAAGAGCAUGUUGCUAAGCUAACUACGUGAGAAAUAUAUGAAAGUACAGCACACAUAAACGAUAAAUAUAUAAAUGUGUGCUACUGUAUGCAGUUUCCUCUCAAAAUAAACACACAACAAAAAUGACAGCAGUGAGAAAGCAGCAGUUAAGAAAGCAUUAGUCAUUAGCCAAUAAUACGUCCGAGAGCUUUACACAUCGGUCUGUUAUUGUAGCGACAAACUGUGAUUGGUUGUUUGACAUGUCAGUCAAGCGGCCUCAUGGGCGGGCCUUGGCCAAUGAAAGCUGCCAUGAAUUCCAGCCGUCAGUCUGAAGGUCUAGCUACAUGAGACUAAGAAAGCAUCUAAUGGAGCAACAAAGCAAUGUGGAUAUGUUUGCACCAGUUCUGCAGUUCACCAGCAUCACGUCGACAGAUGAAGUGAUUACAAUUACAGUUAUGAUAGUUUGAUUCUGAAGUUUAUUUGAAAUACAAUAGAUUAAUUAUUGAUUGAAUUAGUCCCUUUUCUUUAGUACUUAUAGUGCAAAUAGUACUUUUGGAAUUAACCUAAACAUAAGCAUUUGUUUAAUGUAUCGAAGAACAGAAGUGAGGCUCUUGGGAGUGUAUGUAAAUGUCAUUGGCAAUAAAAAAAGUGAUUAAUGCAUUACAGUUCUUGUAGUUUCAUUUAUUGCCCUUUUAAGGCUGAAGACUGAUAAAUGAACAAUAUUAAAAUGAAAAGUUCAUUAAUUUAAGAUCUGCUAGAUUAAAUUUACACCUGAUAUCAAAUUUUAUAAAAAAAUUAUAAAGAUUAACUAUAGAUGGCAAACAGGAUAAUUUUUUCAUCCUAUUGUGCCCACCUACACUAAAAUGUAUAUUAAAAAUUAAAAGAAAAACAUUAUUUGUGAAGUUUGCUCGCAAUUUCUGUAUAAAGAUUGCUUAAAAGCCAUUAUUUUUGGUAGGCAGAGCCAGACUUUUUCCUCUUGAUAUCCCCUUAACUCAAAAAAGGCCAAACUGGGACAAAUGUGAAUCACUCCCCCCUUCCCACCCCAUGUAGGCCCAAUAUUCUCCGCUAAAUGUCACUUGUCCUGUUUUCCCGUUGUCUCAGCUAGAGUCUGGUGCACUCUGCUCUAUAUCAGUGUGUAAAGGUCAAUACUGUCGGGGAGCUGAACGAGUACCUCCACUAGCAUUCCAGCGCUCAUCGUUUAUUCUCUGAUUCCCACUUAUACAGGCUUAUCCACUGAAGCGAAUGGAGCCUGGUCUUGUUUUUUAGUGCGAGAGAGGGGAAAAAAUGUGCUGCCCAUCCAGAUGACCCCAAGAAACAUUGUCUGAUGAAUAAUGUUCCCUGCCUGAACCGGUUUGGUUGUUGUGGUUAAAAAACUAAAACUAUGAAAAUUGUUUUUUGGGAACUGAAAUAAAGCUUAAAUAAAGUUAAUUAUUAGAUUAUUAAUUAUUAUUAUUAUUAAUUAUUAAUCUUAAAAUGUUGACUUGGCAACUAAAAAAAAAAGAAAAAAAAUAGAAGUACUAAAAUGACUAAAAAUAAUAAGUCAUUUUAAAAAAUAAUAAGUAACAAAAAGAAAAAAACUAGUACAAAACAUUCACUGUAAUAGUUUAUUAAAUAACAGUAAAAUAAUGCUGUUCUGGAAGAAUGCUAACCGCACUUACUAGAUUUUUAUUGCAGUAGUGUCAAGAUUGGCCGAACACCAACUCUGCCAAGCUUUCAGCACCUGGUCACAGAAGUGAAAGGCAUUGUGGGUAUGUGUGACUAUGUAUGCGUGCCUUUAAAGUGUAUAAACAUGAGGAAAAUAACAGCUCAGCUGGAAACUUAGGCUGUGCUGAAACAGGAGGAGGAAGAGAGAAAUGUAGGCUAAAAAUAGGGACACAGGUGGCCCUCCCUCCCCUCUGUGCUUCCUUCCGAUCAGACAUCAACGCGAUUGUUAAAAUACGCUCUCUUGCAGACACUGCCCACUCCUAGUAGAGGACGAGGCGAUAACUUUUGAUGCCACAACAAUGUUGUGCCACGGCUUCAUAAAGUCCAGCUCUCGUCCCGAAGGCCUCCUGUCUGAUGAGUUUUGGAAUGAAUGUCCAUGUCCGGAGCCCUGUGGGGAGUCAUAUGUCUUUUGGACAACACCUACUACUGAAUUCAAGGUGGCUCCCCGCUGAGUGAGCUGUCAUGGCCGUCCUCUCUGGCGGUGGUUGCUGUCUCCUUCUCCGGCCUCUUCACGUUUGUCUUCCUCAUGCUCACCUGCCUGUGCUGCAAGAAAGGGGACAUCAGCUUCAAGGAGUUUGAAAAUACGGAGGGGGAAGAAGGCCGAGCUGACCUUUCCACUUUAGCCUCCCCCAGCUCUCAGAAUGACCCCGAGGUUUAUAUCCUGCCCCUCACGGAGGUUUCACUACCUGUGUCCAAACAGCCUAGCAAGUCAUGUAAGAAUCUGCACGUUCAGCAGCUGAAGUCUACAGAUCUUGGACGCCACAGCCUCCUCUACAUCAAAGAAAUGGGACAGGGCUGGUUUGGCAAGGUUUUGCUGGGCGAGGUGAAUGCUGGACUCAGUACCACACAGGUGGUGGUUAAGGAGCUAAAGGCCAGUGCCAGUGUACAGGAGCAGAUGCACUUCCUGGAAGAGGUCCAGCCUUACUGGGUGCUCCAGCAUCCAGCCCUCCUGCAGUGUCUGUCCCAGUGUUCAGAAGUCACACCCUACCUGCUGGUUAUGGAGCACUGCCCGCUGGGAGAUGUUAAAGGAUACCUCCGUAGCUGUCGGGCAGCAGACUCAAUGACCCCUGACCCUUUGAUUCUUCAGCGGAUGGCAUGCGAGAUUGCUUCUGGUCUUCUGUAUCUUCACAAACACAAUUACAUUCACAGUGACCUGGCCCUAAGGAACUGCCUGUUGACUUCAGAGCUGGCAGUCAAAAUUGGAGACUAUGGCCUCAGCCACAGCAAAUACAAGGAUGACUAUUAUGUGACAGCAGAUCAAAUAUGGGUUCCUCUACGCUGGAUUGCCCCAGAACUUAUUGAUGAAGUCCAUGGCAAUCUCUUAGUAGUGGACCAAACCAAGUCCAGCAACGUCUGGUCACUUGGUGUGACGAUAUGGGAGUUGUUUGAACUGGGUAAUCAACCUUACAGGCACUUUACUGAUAGGCAGGUUUUAACAUAUGCUGUAAAGGAACAGCAGCUCAAACUGCCAAAGCCCCUGCUGAAAGUGCCUCUGUGUGAACGCUGGUAUGAGAUAUUGCAGUUCUGUUGGCUGCAACCCGAGCAGAGGCCUGUUGUGGAGGAAGUCCAUCUCCUGCUAAGCUACCUGUGUGCUAAGGGUGCAACUGAUGCUGAGGAGGACUUUGAGAAGCGCUGGAACUCUCUCAGGCCAAGUCUGGGCUCCAGCAGCUCUCACAGGACUCCUGCACCUGAAGUAGCCUCUUCUACUUCUUCUUCAUUUCCUCUACUUGAACACUUCUCUAUGGCAGACAGCUUCCAGUCUGAGAAUGGGGAUGAUAUAUUGACAGUAACUGAGACCAGCCAGGGGUUCAACUUUGAGUAUAAAUGGGAGCAGGCACGAGCGGAGCAGCCCUACUGCUCCUCUUCAGCUAGUGGACCACUGGGAAAGAAUAAUCCCCAUUACCAAGAUGUGUAUUACCCUCUUAGCAAUUCCAUGGGUAGCUGCAAGGGUGAGAGCCUCCCUCUUGGGGUUUCUCCAUCCUACUAUGAGUCAGACCAUCCAGGUGUGGUUCCAGUGCUAAGUGCACACAGCCCCUCAGUAAGUAGUGAGUACUACAUCCGCAUUGAGGAGCCAGUUGAAUGCAACAUCAACUUAGAAGACACCAAUCUUGAUUACAGCCCAACACCUGAAGCCAGCAACAAUAGCUUGUCCUCCGCAGGCAGGAAGAGCCCCAUUGGGUCUCAGCCAAACUCCUACUGGUCAGCAGCUAAAGAACCCAACAGUAAUGAUUAUGAUUCAGAUAGUAGCCUAACCAUUGAGCCACUCCAAAGAAGAGUUCCAACCUCGGUAGAGAUAAACCAAUCAGAAGUCUAUUUUUCUUCCAGUGACAGGCACAAUUUACAGUGUGAACAAUCACCUCAAGCAGGGCCAGCUGUUCAUUUGAUAAGAGGGCAUGGUUCAGAUUCUUAUCAGCAGAGAAGAGGGUCAGGAAGCCUCUGCCAUAGACUCGAGGAGGUAAAGGAAAGCCCACUUGGAGUUUCAGUCUCUCUUAGCAGUCCCAGCUUGGCACAUUGUGACCCAUACCUUGAGUCUAACCAGAGAACUGUAGAAAGAAGUAUGGCCAAUAAGGCCUAUUAUGACAUGAUGGGCCCCUUAGAAAAGAGCGUGCCAAAACCCCACUACAUGAGCAUUGAUAUUGAUGCCGGUGAUGGCCUUCUUUUGGGCAGGGGGAGUGCUGAUUCGGAAGAUGAUGAAGAUCUGUUUUCUCAGAACAUGUUAACUAAUUGGAACUCCAACCACUCAGCAAACAACAACAGUUUAAGCGAUCGUACUCAAGCUGUGGGUUUUCGAGAUGCAUACCUUGAUUUACGUCACCCAACACCCUCUUCUCAAGUUGGGAAUUUGAAAUCAAGAGCGUUGAAGACAAGCAACAGUUGCACAUAUAAUUCCAUCGAUUCUCUCAAAGACCAAUCAUACAUGGAUACUUUGGAUAGUAUGCCCACUGCUAGUAAACCUCAUGCUGACUCAGAGGGUGGUGAAUACCUACAUUUAAGCCCUGAAAGUACUCAGGAUGUUGAAUCAUCUUCCAAAUGUCAUUCUGUCACAGAAAGUCAGCCUAUUCAUACACAGCAGAAGAACAUUGCUCAUAAACAUAUAAAAAACAACACAUCAGACUUUCAUGCAGGAGGUUGCUGCAGAAUGAAUCCAUCAACUCUUCCAUCAGAGCUUGUAUUGACUAAAGAAAACGUGUUGCUUGAGACAAGGAUAUCCCCUGCACAGAAACUGAAACUUGGGACAGACGGUUCUGCUGAAGUUUGUGUAAAAAUCGUGUCAUGCCCUAUGGAUCUAUCUAAAACAGUUUUAGAGUGUAGCCAUUUGACAGACAGUAGAAUGGUGCCCAACAACUCCAGGAUCAGUCUAGUGGAAAUUAAUGACUGCAGCGAUGACCGCAUGGACAUACCCACUGGAGUUUUAGCAGGUAAUACCUUGGAGUAUGCAGAGGUGGGCAAUAUUGACCUAACUCAUAGAAUACUGCGGAGUGAGACUGGGUCCAGACACUGUGAGGACACAAUUAAUCUUCCCUCUAGCAGCAGUCCAUGUGAGGCCUUCAGCCCUGAUAGUUACCACAUGUCCAUUCAGCCGAAAUCCUUAGACAGUGGUUAUGACACAGAGAAUAAUGAAUCCCCAGAGUUUAUCUUUAAAGACUUUGAAGGGAAUCCAGCCCUUAGCACUAGUGUAGAAUCAGAUGAAUGUGACAUGUUGCUCAAUAUGGACCUAGAUGAAGAUGUUAAUGUAAUGCUCCUGCAUCCAUCUAGCAGUCAUGUACCGCUGUUCAGCCUUGGUGAGAGGAAUCAGUACAGAGACUCUGCUUAUUUUUCUGACUAUGACAUGGAGAAUGACAAGAGCCCCAGUGAAGGGGUCCAAAUGUUCUUCAAUCGCCAAGAUGAGGAUGAUGCCUUUGAUCUCAAAGCCGAAAAAGAGGGCUCAGAAAAGACAUUUGGGAGAGAAGGUCGUAGCAUGGAGAGUGAGAAGAGAAAUGGCAUAUCUGUGACAAAGGACAACAGUGCUGCCCUUAAUGUUAAACAGUUGUGUCUUAAAAAGUCAAACCCAAAUCUCUGUCCAUCACCUGCAUCAGUUCCAAUGAUAUCUAUGCUUUCGCCCUUUCCUCCAGAGAUGGGGGGUUGCUUGACCAAGGAGUCAACUCCAGAUGAUGGUAUUGGGCUGGAAUCUGAUCACUCUGGAGAGGAACCAAAUUCUGAAUGCUACUCGUCCACAGUGUCUGAAGGCUCUUCCUCAACACAGGAGGCCUCAGGUCUGGAGGAGCAGUUUAAUGGAGACACCGGAGACUUCUCCUCAGCAGAGUCAUUAGGCUCAGACUCUACCAUAAUAGAAUUCAGUGGGGAGAUAAUCCAAGCAGAGGAGCAAGAAGCCAGUAACAAAGUGGACAAUCCGGAGCUUCCAAGGGAAGAAAACAAGGUGGAAAUGGAAGAUUCAGCAGAGAGAGGUGCCAUAGGUUCAGCACUUUCAAAACCAAAGCGUGAUGAAUCUUUGGAGAAUAUUCUUCCAGCCUUGCCAGAAGACCUAGAUGUUCCAGCUCCACUAGGGAAUGUAGAGGAAGCAGAUGAAGAGGAUUCAGAGGAUAGUGAUGAGUAUGAUGAAGUACUUUGUAGCUACAACAUACAGGAGCAGAGUGAUGAAAGCGAUGAAGAGUUCCCUGUGGUGCCAGUCGUUGUGAGCGAUCGUAGCAGUGCACGCCAUCUACGCAGCCUCCUCAAAAUGCCCUCCUUACUAACACAGUCCUUCUGCGAUGAGCUGGAGAGCAAGAAAAAAGCAGUGUCAUUCUUUGAUGAUGUCACCGUGUUUCUGUUUGAUCAGGAGAGCCCCACAGGUGAGCUUGGGGACCAUAGUUUUCCUGUGGAUGAAGAACCCACUGGCCAGGCUUCAGAGGUGGAGCUGCCACGACCCCAAAAUAGGGUCACUACCCCUGAGGAAUCACCAGGACAGAAUGUCUCAGAAGAAAGUGGGUCAUUUCAGUGGCAAGAUGAUUUUCCAUUGAUUCAAAGCCCUUCAACAUCAGAACCUGGUUCUGAAGAGAUCGCCACACCACCCAACUCUCCCGUCACGUCUCCAGAUGAAAAACCAGCACCACCGAUUUCCAGAUUUAGUGUCUCUCGUUUUUCCAUUACGCAUGUGUCUGACUCUGACAUGGACUCCAUUGGAGGUAACAAUGAGAAUGGGGUCCAGGAGUGAAAGGGUCAAUACCCAUUUAAUUGAAGAGGUGUUUAGAACCCAUAUGGUUUGAUUUGGUCUCAUCAGACUGGGGGCUUUCCUGUAUCGCUAUAUAUUUUUGCUCUUUUAAAUGUGCUGGACAAAAGGGUCCUGUCAACCUGAUAUGCUGUUUGGACACAGUGCCUCAUAUUGUAGUGGAUUAGCCAGCCCUUCCCUUUGUGUUUCUAGACAGAUGUUGGUUAAGUGACAGUUUUUGGAGGACAACAGUUUUAAAAACAAGGAAUGAUCUGUAUAAAAACAUAUUUAUUAUCUAUGUAUUAGAACAUGAGGUAAGACGAUUAUAACUUAUUUGCACAAUUCAGUAUCAGUAUCAUGCUGAAAUCAUCUCUUUUAUUUCAUUUUACACAUACAAUAUAGAUGCAAGGCUGCUCUCCUCGUUUGCUUGUCAUGUCAAUAUGUGGUUUACAGUCUGAAAGAUCUGUCAUAGUGCUUUACAUUUUUCAGUUUGACCCAAUGAGCUGCAUAAAAUAGUUUCAAGAUGUUCUGCCCCAUAAAAGAAAGACCCACAUUUAUUAUUGAGGGUGCAAAGAAAUAUAUACAUUGAACCCCUCAAUACAAGCUGCAAAAAUGUGAUGUUUUCUAUAUUUGACCACUUUUAACUAACUUUAGCUCAGGAGUGUUAAGGGUAUGGUACAAAAGUAGAUAUAUUAACAAUAUAAACCAUCACACUUAAAUUCCUCAUACAGUCUUAAACAGUGUUUUGCUUUAUUUUUAAUGCCGAAGAACUUUUACAACUACCUGCACUUUCAUUAAUGACUUAGGAUAUCUUUAUACAUCUCUUAUCCCAUAAUCAAGUACUUAAUCAAAAUCAAGAUCUAAUGUAUAUCUUAUUAAAAGUGCAGUUUAAUCACUAACUCUUAACACUUCUUCUCUGGUUAGAUUUUUAAACCCCUAGACCAAAAUAUACAACAUAUUUUAUGGAUGACAGUGAUAUAUUACAGUAUUUUUUUUUUUUUUUGCUGAGAAGCAAUAACAGUAUUGCAAGAGAACAGAUAACAGACGUACUAUUUUUGCUUCAAGUAUUAUGGUAGCAUGCAUAUAUAUGGUAGCUCACAUAUGGGUCAUUCCUGUUAUGCAGCAAUUCAAACUUUCAGAAAUACAAGGCACUUUAACACUUUAAAAAAAGUUCACGUGCUACAUUCUGUGUGCUCUGAGGUCAGUAGCUUUAUGUGAGAAACAUAAGACUUUAAGUUGUUAUUUAAAAAGAUACAUCCAAACUUUGGCAUAAAUGCCUUUUGACUGCAACUAUUGAAUGUUUACACGAGUGCAAGGUUUCACUGUUAAUGUUUAUAAUUAUCAAGCCAUUAUAACAACAAAUUAAAAAUUCAGUCUGUUCUUCACAUAAAGCUACUGUAUCACUUCGCAUGGAUUUAAAUAAGCUACAUUUAUGAUUACAUCUAUGGUGCUUUGCCAUAUUUGGAGCGGUAGCUCAGACAUUCAGUUCUUUGUGUUCCAAAACUUGAAUUUAAUAUAUCAUCCAGUAUAUGAUAGGGGCAUGAAAAUAAGAGGAAGUAUAAGAGGAAUGACCCUGAUGGUACUGAUGGUGAUAAGUUUAUUGGUGCUUGUCAGGAUCAGAACUUAAGCAAGUCCAUCACAGCAAUCAGUCUCGGGCAUGAAUAACUUUUGCUUUGAAUCCGAGAGCUACAGAAACUGAUUUCAGGAUAAACCGGUGGGUUAUCAAAGUCACAGGUGUGUACUUCACAAUUGUGGUACUCAAAGACGCAGAAACAAGCUAAAGAGAGAAGAGGGACCAUAUCGUCUGUGAACAAAAUGUGUUCCAAACAACAACGGCAGCUCCUGCAGAUCUGAUCCUCCGUCUGUGAUGAUGCCUUGUCUCAGAAGUGUUAUUUUUGUUAAAUCCAAUAACAAAUAGAUGUUCAAAAUUAUACUACAGAACAAUUCAGAUGGUCCAGACUGCAUGUGGGCUACAUGUGUUUCUACAAGUUUCUCUCAAUAUAUUUGGUCUUUUGUCCCUAUAUGAUCUGAGGUGUAACACAGAGAAAAGUUAUGACCUGUUUUACACGAUGAUCUGUUUAAAUGUAACGUACAGCUGUACCUGUCAUGUUCUGCCUUGAAUCACUGGAGCCCAUACACAUUUGUGCCAAUGCUGUAAGUCACAAUCACUGCACUUGUACCCUCGCUUUCUCGCUGUAUGCCUUUCAAGAGUUUUAUACUGUGCUAAUAAACCUUGCGGCAGUAGCUACUUUUUCUCAUUCAGAACAUCAGUGCUUCAUUCGGCUGGUUGUGGUUGCCAAAGAAAAGUCAAAUGAAAGUGAACUAAAUGUUGCGUUGAAGGGAAAAGUCUGUUGUUACUGCCUCGUAGCUGUCGAACCGUAUGUCCUCACGACUCAUGCCUACUGUACUAUUCUAAAAAUAAACCAAACUAUAGUUUG